UUUUGGAAUAACCAAAACUUGAAACAAAUAAAACUACCACUUCAAUCAUCAAAGUGUCGGUGAACAAUAUUAAAGAUCUCUCUUCCGGCACCGUCAACUGUCUCCGGUGAAGAUCUCAGCCAGUUUUCACUGAAGUUUUCCAUGGGUCAGUUCUACAUAGACAUGAUCUUUUUUCUCUCCUAAGGGUUUCUCCUCUUCCUAAUUUGUUCUAUCUUCAACCUUUGUGAGAGUCUUUUCAACCGUUUUGAUCUUGUCAAAGCUGGUGUUUUUUGUUCUCCUUCUAUUAUGAUAUAUAUCCAUUUCUUCCAUGAUGAAUAUAUAUGAUGAUGAUAGAAUGGCAGGUUUUAUAUUAUGAUUUCAAAGGGACAGCUUCAUUUUCAUUCUGUCAAGGAUACGCUAGGCAAUGCAGUUGCCUAUAAACAACAUGCUGUUUCUUUUAUUCACAUGUUAUACAGUUCAUUAUUUAGAAGAUUUACUUUUGAUGAGUUUUCUACAAUGAUUCACAACCACUGGAUAGAAUUCCAGGCAAGCACAAAAAGCUUUGGAAAAUGUAUUUGGACAAUAGUGAUUUUUUCUGUGGAAAAAUUGAGCAAGGAGGUUUGGAUGCACAGGGGAGAUUGGAGGCUCAAUUUUUCUACUCUUAAAAUCAUCUGGCGUCUUAUUGAUUGUUUAAGGGCUGGCACAUGCUACAUACUACUCUUCCAAUGUGAUAUUGAUAGGAGCUGAUAGUCUGCUUUCAUUAUUGGAUCUGUUCUAUUUUCUAUGGUACAUUCUCUCUUCCAAUGCUGACAGUAUGCAGGUAUGCUCCCUAUGUUUCUAUUUCCUGUCAGAUCACAAUAUUGAUGCCAUGAUCAUAGGCAGUGUCACGAGUCCACACCAGCAUCUCAAGCAACCCCUUAAUUAUUGGCAAAAUUACACUAAAACAAUUAAUAGAGUGCAAGGAGGUAUAAGGGGUAGGAGUAAUUGGUGGCACCUCUAUUUUUUGUUUAAUUGUAAAUUAAUAGCCUUUCAAUUAAGAGAUCAUCUCAGAAUCAUGAUUUUAAAAUGCUGGACGCGUACCUUUUAUUCCAAGGUAAAGAUAUGGAAGGAAUUGAUACAGAAUGUUUAUGAGUUGAUUUUUCUUUCUAUUCUGGAAAGUAACAUGGCACAACUCCAGCUGGUAGUAAGCUGCUCUCUGCACCACGAUUUAUGGCUCCUCAAUCACUGGAAAAUUGAUGCAGAGUUCUGUGAAAUAUGGUUCAGAGAUGGAAAUAUUUUGACUAUUUGCAUUGAAGAGAUUUUAUGGCUCCACUCUCUCUGCAAGGAAUUUCCUUAUGCUGCGAAAUGCAUUAAUUCGUAUGAGUUUUUGCUGACAUCUAUUCAGGGCUCUAAUCCUAUAAAUAGCAAGCAUGUGCAGGUCUUUCCUCAUCACCAAAUGCUUUACACCCCCCAUUACAACACAUUACAGAAGAGUUACAUUUUCUUUGCAUUGCUAGUCAUCAUGUCCCAAUCCUCAAACUCUGCUCAAAAUACCAACUCCACUGAAAAUAGCCAUCCAACACCCUACAGUCCAGAUACGCUUGACUAUUGUCUUGUUGGCAGACUCUUAACCACCAAACCUGUCCGUUUCCAAAACUUCAAAACCUGUAUGUCAACUCUAUGGCAACCAAAGCAUCAGGUUGAUAUUACUUGAUGGAACCAAACCGUUUCAUGUUUCAGUUCUUUAACUAUGCAGAUAUGGAACGAGUCACCCAACAAGGACCUUGGUUGUUUGAUAGCUACCCGCUAAUUUGGAGCAAGGUUUCUGAUGGAAAAGAUCCGUUCACUAUGCCCAUAGACUCAAUUGAAUUAUGGAUGCAAGUCCAUAAUCUCCCCUUCGGUUUCAUGACUGAGACUAUGGGAAUUCUGUUGGGCAAUCAUGUUGGGAAACUAGUGAAAUACGAUCAUGAUAACAACUAUGGUAACUGGAGAAGAUACAUGAGGCUGAGAGUAUCUUUGUCGGCUAAAGAACCAUUAAAGAAGAGCUUUGAAUUUGUUUUGGAGGACGGUGCUGUUAUAAGGGUGAAUUUCCGCUAUGAGAAACCGGGGAAUUUUUGUUAUGAAUGUGGUUUGAUAGGCCAUACAGAUGGUUCCUGCCCAAAAAGAUUUGAGAAAGGUUUUGUGGAAGGACAACAACAAUGGGGACCGUAUCUAAGGUCUGAUUAUGUUGGACCAGAAGGAGGAAUGAUUGAGAAUCCAUGGCUGCAUGAUGGUAGGAAUAGAGGAAGGAGAGGUUCAGGUCGUGCUGCUGAAUGUUCUAAUGUACACCGUGUUUUUGGUAGAAUUAAAAUUGGUAGAGACAUGAUUACUAGAGGACUGGUCUUUUAUAGACACAUUGGUGCUCUCUAUGACUCUAAUGAAUGGGUGCGCUUCAAUGUUGAGAGUGUUAGUCAUACACCAGACGCUGCUCCACCGAAUGGUUCAGGGACAAUUCUGAAUAGCAGUGUGCAGAUUGCAGGCCCUACAACACGUGAAACUCAGCUGGUAGAAGGAGAUGAGGCGCGAAUUGCGCGCUUGAUACAAGAGGCCAGGCUUAAGAAUCCAGUUAUGAUUGAGACUGCAAUGAAUAAUCCUUUAGGUUCUGAACAGAAUGUGCUUGAACAUCAACCUAUUUCUCAAUUAGCAGCAUCUCUAGCCUAGAUUCUGCAUACAGGACUGCCUAAGGGUGCUGAACCACGAGUGAACAUAAAUGGAGUGCUGCAGAUCAACAAUCCUGAUGGUCCGAAGCAAUUGAAGCGGUUAAGGUUGGAGGAAAGUGAAACAAGUGCUGAAGAAAAUCAGAAAGCUGCAGAGACUGCCGAGAUAAAUAGGACAGAUAGUAGUCAUGUUAUAGAGUCUGUCGAUGUUGUAAUGAAUGAGUCUGCUACGGCAGCAAAUGCUAAUGUAAUGGCGGGACCUGGACACCAGGCCCGCCCAGAACAAUGAGUUUCUUAGUGUGGAACUGUCGGGGUCUUGGUAGCCCGAGUACAGUUCCCAACCUCAAGUACCUUGUCCGGACCUACAAACCGGAAGGGAUUUUUCUGUCUGAAACAAUGACAGCUCUAAAUAAAA